GCGGGGUCAUCUGUGUCAUCUGUGCAGUGGUAUGAGUUCUAGCUAGGUAGUUGACUCGCUCACAGAUGGCGGUUGUGCGAGCGGCACGGCCAACACAAGAGUGACGGAAUACAAACACAGAAGGGCGGACUUUACAAAAGUUGGUCGUUUCAUGGCUAUCGAAGAGAAACAUCAGCGGAUUUACCUCAGUUAAGAAACACGGUGUCGGAUUUCCCGUCUUUUCGUGGGUGAGGCGGAUUUUACACGGAAGGCCUCAGAAGCCUCGGACUGGAUUUGCGCUAACUCAAAGAGGACAUCUACUACUCGGGAAGUCAUGUAAAAACCCUGACCUGAGCAGUGUGAUAUUUGGGCAUUUACUUGUGUAUCAUUGCUUUGUUUCAGCCAUAUAAGACAAAUUGGCGCAUUACAUGGUAGAAAGUUGCCCAACUCGUUAGCUCGCUAGCUACAAUGCUAAGUAGCCGCAUCGGAGCAGAAUGAAUGAAUGAAGGCAACAAGCUGAAUUUAUAACGCACUUCUUCCCCAAAACCGUCGCUUUUAUUCAAGGAGGGAAAUCUCCAAACAGACUGAGCCUUCUCGGCCGAAUACUCUUGGGAGUGUCGCCGCCGCUGCUUCCCCGCAAAUGGCCAAGGAAUGCCAUCGCCGGGAGUUGGCGGACGGACGCUGUUUAGCAUGACGAGCUAAUGCUAUGCUAACACUGAUUGACGCUGGAGGGAACAGUCUGCCAGCUAGCGAUCUAACAAGCUAGCUACAACUAUUUGCACCACUUGGACACUGAGCACACAGGCGGCCCGGAAUGGGAAACACCGUGUCAUGCUGUGUGUCCCCGGAAUCGAGCCCCAAACUCCCGUCUCGGCAGCCGGCGGAGCGGCUGGAGGAGUUUCUGACCAGCACGGAAGUGAGCGAUGACAACAGCGCCCCCUAUCUGCAGCACAUCAGCGACAGAGAAGUCCCUGACGAGCUGGCUUUGGAGUCCAACCCAUCGGACCACGCCCGAGCGAGCACCAUCUUCCUCAGCAAGUCCCAGACAGACGUGCGGGACAGGAGGAAAAGCAACCACAUAAACCACAUCAGCCACGUGUCUCCGGGUCCGCUGUCAAAGAAGUACAGCUCGUGCUCCACCAUCUUCAUCGACGACAGCACCGUCAGCCAGCCCAACCUCAAAAGCACAAUCAAAUGUGUCACUUUAGCCAUCUACUACCACAUCAAGAACAGGGACUCGGACAGGUCAUUGGACAUCUUUGAUGAGAAGAUGCACCCUUUAUCGAGGGAACCGGUGCCAGAUGACUACUUGCGCAUCGACCCGGAGCACAAAGUCAUCUACCGCUUCGUCAGAACGCUCUUCAGUGCCGCACAACUCACGGCUGAAUGUGCCAUUGUUACUCUCGUCUACCUGGAAAGGCUGCUGACCUACGCCGAGCUGGACAUCUGCCCCGCCAACUGGAAGCGCAUCGUGCUGGGAGCCAUCCUGCUGGCCUCCAAGGUGUGGGACGACCAGGCGGUGUGGAACGUCGACUAUUGCCAGAUCCUGAAGGACAUCACCGUGGAGGACAUGAACGAGAUGGAGCGCCACUUCCUGGAACUCCUCCAGUUCAACAUCAACGUCCCCGCCAGCGUCUACGCCAAGUAUUACUUUGACCUGCGCCAGCUGGCCGACGACAACAACCUCAGCUUCCCCCUGGAGCCGCUCAACAACCAGCGGGCCCAGAAACUGGAGGCCAUCUCCAGACUGUGUGAAGACAAGUACAAGGACCUGGGCCGAGCGGCCAUGAGACGCUCGCUCAGCGCAGACAACUUGAUCGGCAUACGACGCUCCAACGCCGUGCUCUCUUAGGCCCCGACACGCAACUGAUCUCCCAAGCGAAGCCGAGAGUCACGUGACCGUCGUGUUGUUCUGCAAGUCUUGAAUUUGAAAUGAGGCGUGAACUCUAAUGCAACUCGCAACUAAUUGUUUUAUACGUUUAUUUAUACGCAACUCACCCUCGUCACAUGACUCCAAGCGACAAGUUUUCGUAUUUUAUUUUAGAUGAAAAAGAAUGCCACAUAGUCAUUAAAAGACAAUAAGUGGAAGGAGUUUUCUUGAAGCAUAAUUCAUCAUUCACGGGAUGUAACAGUACAACCUGGGUCUUUAUGUUGACAAUGUUGGUAUUAUUUAUGUUGCCAUCAGUAGGUCCAGCUUAGUCAAGACUUGAUGUGAUACAUCAGAUAAACUAGUUCGUUCAAAUAACACGUCUGCCGUUUGAUCAUAUGUGAGUCGAGCCUGUGGAUGCUGCACCUCAGAACAGUUCAGAAGAAAAGCUCCGGCCACCACCACUGCUAAAGUCAGGGCUGGCUUUUUGACGACUCCUCCGCAUCACGGACCAGGAUGGAUCUUACUACUGAAAGAAUGACACUGAAAGAAGCUUGAGUUCACCCUCAGUAUUGUAACCCCCUUUCCCUCUUGCUUCCACUUACUUUCAUCACUGAACAAAUGAUAUACAUGUAGAAUCCUACUGAGGGGACUAAACACAACAAAAAAGAUGGUUGGUCUUGCUUACUGUGUAGGCUACUAGCUGUGAAAUGUGUCGUUUUUAAAUGGAAGCCCAUUUGCAAAUGGAAUAUUUUAAAUAAACACUAACCAUGUAUGACGGCGUUU